AUGUUCUCGUUUGCAACCGACCACAGGCCAAGUGCGCCCUCUGCCAAGCAGGUAUUUGUGUACGAGAACGACAACGUCGACAGCGACUUUGUGUGUUCGAUUUGCCAGGAGCCACUUGUGGACCCUGUGGUCGAACCUGAAUGCCGACAAAUGUUCUGCCGCGAGUGUCUUGGCGCCUGGCUCAUGAAAAGCUCGUCGUGCCCUCAGUGCCGACAGCCAACGGCUUUGGCUCGCGUCAUGCUCCCGCCGCGCUUUGUGACCGCCAGGCUCGAUGACCUGCGUGUGGUCUGCCCCUCCUGCGGCUGCAGCUACGCCCGCAAGUCAUUGCACGAGCACGUCGCCGCCUGCCCAGCCUGUAUGCAACCUCCACUUCAUUUUAUUAGCGGCCAUUUCCUGUCCUCACGCUGGGCAUGGGACCCAGUGUGUGGUCUCGGUUGUGGCAGUCGCGUGGCACCAGGCGGCGAGAAGCGCCACGAGGACGAGGAGUGUACGGCCAAGGUGGUGGCGUGUCGCGCUGCCGAGGUUGGAUGCGAGUUCACAGCCCCACGCGGCCGCAUGCCUGAACACGAGGAAAAGUGCCCCUUGAAUACCCUCCGCGUCGUCGUACUGCACCAGCAGGAAACCAUAGAGAUGCUCACGCGCUCCUUGGAGGAGAUGACUACUUGGCGGAAUCAGCAAUCAAGGGAGAUCGACACAAUCAAGCAUGAUGUCGUCAUUGAUAGAUCCCGCAGCAGCUCUCUGGGCCAAGCUGGUGAGCCCCUCUCUUCCGCCAGCGCGGCCCCUGUUUUUGCUGCCGGGAGCGGUCGGCGGGUGCUACGUGGAGCACGCCGCAGGGGCGGGCACUAA